AAGUGAGAGUUGGAUGAGCGCCAAAAAAAAAAGGAAGUCGUGUGUUUUGAGUGAACUCAUAGUUUCAGGAGAAACGUGUGUACUUUUGUUGCUACUUCUAAGGUCAUUCAGGAGAUUUUGGACAAAUAAGUCACGAAAUCAUGUUGACAAUCAAAGUCCACCUCACUCAGUGAACAAGAUCAGCCUUCAGUAUGUCUGCACCAGUUGGGAUGGAGAUUUCUCCUCCUCCACCAGGACUAGAAGCAGCCUAUGAAACACUUUUCACCACCGACUGCCUGAACUUCCUGUAUGAGCUGAUCUCCACAUUUGAUGAAGCAGUGGAUCAGAUUCUGCGGUUGCGAGUGUCCAGAAAGGCUGACUUGGACUUGUCAGGUAAACUUCCAGACUUCUUGGAGAGCACCAGGAACAUCCGAAACGACUCAGCUUGGAGAGUAUCACCUGUGCCUGCACGACUCCAGAGGAGACAUGUGGACAUUGGAGAUGUGGCUCCCUGUGAUACCCAGCGCUUCCUGAAAGCUCUCCAGUCCACAGCACAAGGAAUACAGGUUGACUUUGAUGAUGGCAAUUGUCCGACAUUUCACAACCAGAUCAAAGGAAUUCAUAAUGUUUUAUUGGCGGUGCACGGCCGUUUACCUGAUGUGCCACACAUAAGUCAGGCUCCUGUGCUCAUGAUUCGUCCACGUGCUUGGAAUAUGGUGGAGCACAAUAUGAUGGUGAAGGGGAAGGAAGUUCCUGGUCCUCUGUUUGACUUUGGGCUAAUCUUUUUUCACUGUGGAAAAACUCUGUUGGAAAGCAAGAGUGGGCCCUAUUUCUACCUGUCCAAAGUGGAAAGCUUUUUGGAGGCCAGAUUAUGGAACACUGUAUUUAUUUGGACACAAAACAAGCUGCUUCUUCCUCAGGGCAGCAUCAAGGCGACGGUUCUCAUCGAAAACAUUUUAGCAGCGUUUGAAAUGGAGGAAAUUCUUUAUGAGCUGCGAGAGCACUCAGCAGGACUGAACUGCGGAAUAUGGGAUUAUUCUGCCUCUUUUAUCAAUAAAUUUGGUCACAGACGUGACUUCCUUCUUCCUGACCGCAGUAAAUAUGUCAACAUGGAGAAGUAUUUUCUGCGUACUUACAUGUACUUGUUGGUUGAGACGUGUCAUCGACGUGCAGCUUUGGCAACAGGAGGUAUGGCAGCUCUUCUGCUUCCCGAGGACCCCAACAGCAACUCCUACAAGACAUUGAUGGCUACUGUUAGCAGAAUGAAAAUGCUUGAGAUCAAGGCAGGUGUUGAUGGUUUCAUGGUCUACGACCUGAAACUCAUCCAGCCUAUGCAGGAACUGUUUCAGAUCCUCACUGAAGGUGAUAACCAGCUUCACAAGCCUGUCAACCAUGUCAAGGUGACUGCCAAUGACCUUCUAACCAUGCCUCUGGGAGGAGUUACCCUUUAUGGGUUGAAAUAUAACAUUGCUGUUGGAGUCCUCUUCAUUCAUGCUUGGCUGUCUGGAAAAGGACAUUUUUACUAUAAAGGCCAGGUAGAAGAUUCCGCCACAGCAGAAAUUUCUCGAUCGCAGGUGUGGCAGUGGAUCCGUCAUCAGGCUUCACUUGAGGAUGAGGAGAAGCUGGUGAGUCGACAGCUGGUGUCUGAGCUGACCACUGAGAUGCUGAUGGAGUUCUGGCCAACCUGCUCUGUUCGGGAGAGACAGAAGUUCCAGACAGCUGCAGACAUGUUCUUGGAAGUUGUUCUACGAAGAGAUUUCCCCGAAUUCAUCACCUCCUUCUUGAACCAGGACCACACAUUUCUCAGCUCCCAGAACACCCAACACAUCAAACAUGCCAAGUUAUGAUAUCAUACUAAAAUUCAAAACAAUAAACAUUACCAACUCUA